AUGUGGAAAGAGGAAGGAUACCAUUUCCUUCCCCUCUCCACCUCUCAAGAUUUGAAUACGUUGAGACAAGGCUCCCGCGAGGCACUUUUUUCACUUGGUGGACAUUGGACAGUCCUUGGCAGACGUCAAAAGCAAGGCUCUCCAAGGCUUUUAAUUAAAGGCUAUGCAGAUAGAAGUCUAUCUUAUAUGGUCAUGCCGAUUAGAACCGGCAAUGCUAGCUCCAUUUGA